AGAGAGAGAGGGGUGGGAGUGCCUGUGACAGAGAUGCAAACGGGAAAAAAGAAUGAGAGAGAGGGGAGAGAGAGAGAGAGAGAGAGAGAGAGAGAGCUUUUAAGGGAUUUGGCAGUGAUUUGUAGAAUCUCACUGGCAUAAUGUUGUGCUUUUUUCUACUUUUCCCUGAUUCUGCCAUGAUGCUGCACCCUAAAGCCUCGAAAGUCAGCGUUUUCAUUUUGUUUUUUUAAAUCAAAACUCCUUUUUUUUUAUACCGUUGUUUCAUUUCCAUUCUAGUUAUUUUGAGAAAGCACAAAGGCUGUCUGAGAUGAUAGAGGAUUUACCUUUGGUGAGGAGACGAGAGCUUUGCCUCUGGAUAUAAUCAAAUAUUGGUCCAUGGAUAAAGGCCUGUUUGGAGGAGCUCGUGUGAUGGAUGAAAUUAAGACUGGUCAAUGAGGAAUGGGCAGGUUUUGGCAUGAAACUAUGAUGAGACCAGUAACGCCGCUUCUUGGACUGUCUCCAGGUGCCAAAGGUAGAGGGAGAAGCCUGGUGCAGUAGGUACCUCUGCUGACUAUCACCAUGACAUCACAGGCCCACUCGUCCCAGCCCAGCGCCCCGUCUGGAUGCAGGUUAAAGGCAUGGCCUCGGCUGCUGUGGGUGCUCCUGGCGGGUCUCGGUCCAGGCGCGUGGGCCCAACAGGGCACCCAGCCUCACUCCAUCAGAAUCGAGGGCGACAUCAAACUGGGUGGGCUGUUCCCGGUGCACUCGCGGGGGCCAGUUGGGGUGCCCUGCGGGGAGAUCAAGAAGGAGAAGGGGAUCCAUCGUAUGGAGGCCAUGCUGUACGCCCUGGACCAGAUCAACAGCGACCCCGACCUGCUACCCAACAUCACCCUGGGCGCUCGGAUCCUGGACACCUGCUCCAGAGACACCUACGCCCUGGAGCAGUCGCUCACCUUCGUCCAGGCCCUGAUCCAGAAGGACACGUCAGAUGUGCGCUGCUCCAACGGAGAGCCGCCCAUUAUCCCCAAACCAGAGAGGGUGGUCGGUGUGAUCGGGGCGUCUGGCAGCUCUGUGUCCAUCAUGGUGGCCAACGUGCUCAGACUGUUUGCGAUCCCCCAGAUCAGCUACGCUUCCACGGCUCCGGAGCUGAGCGACAAGAGCCGCUAUGAGUUCUUCUCCCGUGUGGUGCCUCCCGACUCCUACCAGGCCCAGGCCAUGGUGGACAUCGUCAAAGCCAUGGGCUGGAACUACGUCUCCACCCUGGCCUCUGAGGGCAACUACGGAGAAAGCGGUGUUGACGCCUUCCUCCAGAUAUCCAGAGAAGCAGGGGGGCUGUGUAUUGCUCAGUCCAUAAAGAUUCCCAGAGAGCCCCGACCGGGGGAGUUUGAGAAGAUCAUCAAGAGGCUGAUGGAGACCUCCAACGCUCGCGGGGUCAUCAUCUUUGCCAAUGAAGACGACAUCAAGCGGGUGUUGGAGGCAGCAAAGAGGGCCAACCUCACCGGCCACUUCCUAUUUGUUGGCUCUGACAGCUGGGGGGCCAAAAGCUCCCCUAUUCUAGACCAGGAGGAUGUGGCCGAGGGCGCCGUCACCAUCCUGCCCAAAAGAGCUUCCAUUGAUGGGUUUGACCAGUACUUCACCUCGCGAUCUCUGGAAAACAACAGGAGAAACAUCUGGUUUGCAGAGUUCUGGGAGGAUGAUUUCAAGUGUAAAUUAACACGUCCUGGUGUCAAGUUUGACUCCAGUAGAAGAAAAUGUACAGGUGAGGAGAGAAUCAGUCGAGAGUCCCACUAUGAACAAGAGGGGAAAGUGCAGUUUGUGAUUGAUGCUGUGUAUGCCAUGGCCCAUGCCUUACACAGCAUGCAUUUGGACCUGUGUCCUGGCUACAUGGGUGUCUGUGACAAGAUGGACCCUGUGGAGGGAAGGAUGCUCCUCCAGUACAUUCACUCUGUCAAUUUCAAUGGAAGCGCAGGAACCGGAGUGAUGUUCAACGAGAACGGAGAUGCUCCAGGUCGAUACGAUAUCUUCCAGUACCAGCUCUCUAACGUGAGCAACCCUGGCUACAGAGUCAUUGGCCAGUGGACAAAUCACCUCCGACUCAAUUCGGAGGAAAUGCAGUGGUCAGGUGGUGACCGUAGGAUCCCUGACUCGGUGUGCAGUUUUCCCUGUGAGCCUGGUGAGAGGAAGAAGAUGGUAAAAGGCGUUCCCUGCUGCUGGCACUGCGAGCUCUGUGACGGCUACCAGUACCAGCUGGAUGAGUUCAACUGCGACACCUGCCCCUUUGACAUGAGACCUUUAAAGAACCGCACGGGCUGCCGGCCCACACCCAUCAUCAAACUGGAGUGGAGCUCCCCCUGGGCCAUCAUCCCCGUCUUCUUGGCCAUCUUGGGCAUCCUGGCCACCACUGGAGUCAUCGCCACCUUCAUCCGCUUCAACGACACACCCAUCGUCCGGGCCUCUGGCAGGGAGCUGAGCUACGUGUUGCUGACGGGCAUCUUCCUCAUCUACCUCAUCACCUUCCUCAUGAUCGCCGAGCCCAGCGUGGUCGUGUGUGCGUUCCGCAGGCUGCUGCUCGGGCUCGGUAUGUGCAUCGCCUAUGCAGCCAUGCUCACCAAGACCAACAGGAUCUACCGCAUCUUCGAACAGGGCAAGAAAUCGGUCACGCCCCCCAAGUUCAUCAGCCCCACCUCCCAGCUGAUCAUCACCUUUAUACUCAUCUCAGUGCAAGUAUUUGGUGUGUUCAUCUGGUUUGGCGUGAUGCCCCCACAUACCAUCAUAGACUAUGAGGAGCAGAAACCACCCAACCCGGAGUUUGCCCGAGGACUCCUGAAGUGUGACAUGUCCGAUCUGUCCCUCAUCUUGUGUCUGAGCUACAGUCUCGUGCUGAUGAUCACCUGCACGGUGUACGCUAUCAAGAGCAGAGGAGUUCCUGAGACCUUCAAUGAGGCCAAGCCCAUUGGCUUCGCUAUGUACACCACAUGUAUCAUCUGGCUGGCUUUUGUGCCCAUCUUCUUCGGCACAGCACAAUCUACUGAGAAGAUGUUCAUCCAGACCAUGACCCUGACAGUGUCCAUGAGCAUGAGUGCCACCGUGUCCCUCGGCAUGCUCUACAUCCCCAAGGUCUACACCAUCAUCUUCCACCCGGAGCAGAACGUCCAGAAACGCAAGCGCAGCUUCAAAGCCGUGGCGCAGGCUGCCACCGUGUCCACGCACCUCUCUCAGAAGUCCAACGACAAACAGAACGGAGAGUCCAAGAUCGAGCCGGACAGAUCGCAGUGAAACGGCACAGAUCCUAUGAGGGCAAGUAUUCAUCAUGUAACCUCACAAGCCCACCAUGCGAUAGUCGAUGAUCAAAACAAUGACACGGCUUUAGUCAUUGUCUUUCUCUCCUGUAACCAAGAAACGUGGAUCGAACACAAAGCAAAGACUAAACCGUGCUGUUUAAGAUUUGGUUUCCUGGAUGGCGUUUCUUCUCACAUCCAAAUUUUGAAUGAAGCACAAAAGAAUGUGGAAAUGCUCAACUGCUCAUCAACUAUCCUAUAUAUCAUCUAAAAAAAGACAAACUUUUAAAUAGACAGCUUCUUAGAACAGCAACACACAGGAUGUUGGGCCAUCUUGACUGGACCGCAAGGAACAUUUAUGCUUUUCCUCCCUUUUUGAUAAUUACAUCUUAUUAUACAUCUCAAAAUGACAAGGAGGCAUUGUUAGUUUUAAUUCUCCCUAGGACUUUAGGAAACAUUAAAGCUCAAGCGGUAGCCUUUGCCCUACAGGAAGAUGUAUAGCAGAAUCCCUUGGGAUGAAUGAAGAAUGAAGCUUGGUUGUUUACUGGAUCUGACAGCACUACAUGGACUGUGUUGUUUGUGUACAUGAAUGUUUUUACUGUACUGUUUGUAUGGGGUGUUGUGACGCAGAACUCUUUUCUUCUGAUUGCUGUGGAAGGAACUAGCUUUUAAAAAUGCACCACCAUGUCCUGUUACUAUUACUGAGAAAAUCCUAUGGGAAGGUAUGACUCUAAUCACUAAAUUAUAAUCACUAAACACAAUGCAACCAUUAAAUACCCAAACACUAAAGCAAGGAAGCAUUUUAUCUGAAUCAAAUCCUAGCGGUAUGUUAUGUGUGUGAUUAUUAUGGUACAAAAAUGUAUUUAUUGUGGAAACAGCAAAUCUAUCGUUGCAAACAGGAUGAGAGACAUUUCAGACAGGGUAUUUGUGUUCUUCCGGCCACUUUUACUUUGCCAGGAUGGGGAAGGACCUUGCAAAACAAUGUAUGGCAUUUCCCCAUGUCAUUUUAAAGAAAUGUCAAUAAGGAUGCUCCAAGGCUAGUUUGUAUGGUGACAUAACAAAAUCACACGUACUGCUAUCCUCAUCUGUGGGAUCAUAUUUAGAGCUACACUCCAUCGCAGCUGCAUUUGAUCUGAUUUCGUGCCAUAAAAGAAAAGGUCCAUCUCGAUUGCAAUAAAUACUUAUUUUUGUCAAAUAUAUUUCAUCUAGAAAUAUAUAAUUCAUAAACCAAGUAUGGUCACACACACGUGUUUUGUGUUAAAAGAAAGGGGGAACUGUUGGGAAUUAAAAACAGACACAAAUUUGCCAAUAAAUUAUUUGCAGUGUACUUUUUGUUACUUGAUCAUAAUGUACAACUCAGGUUUUGCAGGUGUACUACUGAAUAAAAUAUUUUUUCUUGAAGAGUA